UCGUGAUGUUAUCUGCUGGCAGCCGAAGGUUUGCUCGGAGCGGAGCUGCUGAAGCAGCGGGCGGGAGAGCAAGUGGGAGAGGAAGAGAGAAAAGGCUCAGAGAGCUGAGCUCCAGGGCAGGCGCCAGGGAUGGAGAGAAGUAUUAGGGUUUAAGGAGACGUUCUGGUGCAGCCCAGCUGCAGAGAGAAGGUAUCAGCAGAGGUGUAUUUUAGGGUCGCAAGUACCUACUUACCCUAAGCGAGAAAGCGCGAGCUUGGAGGAGAAGCUAGAGAAGGGUGUGAGUCCGGGGACAGCCUGUAGCUAACGCGCCCAGGAGGCGGUGUUGUUCCACUGGGGGUUAAGGAGGUGGCUGAUCUCUGUCGCCCUUGGCUGCCUGAAGCAAGAAAAGGAGGAUCUGCUGGACCGAGCUGGAGGCUGGCCCUCUUUGCAGGCGGCAGCGGCGGCUGCAACGUGGAGCGACCCAGCCGGGUGUAGGCCACAGCACGGCCCGCAGGAGCGGGGGUCGUGGCUGCCUGCUCAGGCCUUGGCGGAUCUCCGGGGCGGACAGUGCCCCACCGAGUCUCCGAGAGUGAGCCGCUCCGGGGCGCAUCUGCCUCCCCGCGGCUCGCCAGGCUCGCCCUCGGCGCGCGCACACGCACGCGCGCACACGCGCACACAUCCACACGCACACUCAUCCACACACGUGUGGAAGGCAGGGCCCAGCCGCUCGGUCUUUGAACAUCUCAGUUAGAGCCCGGCGCAGUCCCGGCCGCCGCUCAGCGCUCCCCGCGGCCCUGCGUGCCUCCUGCCAGCCCCCGGACCUUCUUGCCUCUUCCCUUUUGGCCGGACGAUCGGAGUUCAGAUCAGCCACUCCGCACCCGAGCCUGACACACUGAACUCCAUUUCUUCCUCUUAAGUUUAUUUCUACUUCAGAGCCACUCACCCUCUCCCUUCCAGGAGAAAAAACAAACCUUUCUUACUCCUUAAAGUGAGAGAUCCCCCUCCUCCCUCCCCAGCAUCGCAUAUUAAUAUCUCCACGUUGGGAACGCGUUGCAUUUUCUUUUUUAAAGGAAUCCCAGCCAGGGACGUUUUUCUAUUGGGCAUUGACUUUCAACUGCUUUGCAAAAGUUUCGUAUUAAAAACAACUCUACCUGACCCGCUCUGAGAAUUACUAGUUUCUUUUUAUAUUUUUUUUCUUACUUUAAACAACAACAACAACGUUUCCUCCUUUUAAAAACAUGCACUACUGUGUGCUGAGAACCUUUUUGCUCCUGCAUCUGGUCCCGGUGGCGCUCAGUCUGUCUACCUGCAGCACCCUCGACAUGGACCAGUUUAUGCGCAAGAGGAUCGAGGCCAUCCGCGGGCAGAUCCUGAGCAAGCUGAAGCUCACCAGCCCCCCGGAAGACUAUCCGGAGCCGGAUGAGGUCCCCCCGGAGGUGAUUUCCAUCUACAACAGUACCAGGGACUUACUGCAGGAGAAGGCAAGCCGGAGGGCAGCCGCCUGCGAGCGCGAGCGAAGCGACGAGGAGUACUACGCCAAGGAGGUUUAUAAAAUCGACAUGCCGUCCCACUUCCCCUCCGAAACUGUCUGCCCAGUUGUUACAACAUCCUCUGGCACAGUGGGCAGCUUUUGCUCCAGACAGUCCCAGGUGCUCUGUGGGUACCUUGAUGCCAUCCCGCCCACUUUCUACAGACCCUACUUCAGAAUCGUCCGCUUCGAUGUCUCAACAAUGGAGAAGAAUGCUUCGAAUCUGGUGAAGGCGGAGUUCAGGGUCUUUCGCUUGCAGAACCCCAAGGCCAGAGUGGCUGAACAACGGAUUGAACUGUAUCAGAUCCUUAAAUCCAAAGACCUAACAUCUCCAACCCAGCGCUACAUUGAUAGCAAGGUUGUGAAAACCAGAGCCGAGGGGGAAUGGCUCUCCUUCGACGUGACGGACGCCGUGCACGAGUGGCUUCACCACAAAGACAGGAACCUGGGAUUUAAAAUAAGUUUACACUGCCCCUGCUGUACCUUCAGACCGUCUAAUAAUUACAUCAUCCCAAAUAAGAGCGAAGAGCUGGAGGCGAGAUUCGCAGGUAUUGAUGGCACCUCCACAUAUGCCAGUGGUGAUCAGAAAACUAUAAAGGCCACUAGGAAAAAAAGCAGUGGGAAGACCCCGCAUCUCCUGCUAAUGUUGUUGCCCUCCUACAGACUGGAGUCCCAGCAGUCCAGCCGGCGACGGAAACGGGCUUUGGAUGCCGCCUAUUGCUUUAGGAACGUGCAGGAUAAUUGCUGCCUUCGCCCUCUUUACAUUGAUUUUAAGAGGGAUCUUGGAUGGAAAUGGAUCCAUGAACCCAAAGGGUACAAUGCUAACUUCUGUGCUGGGGCAUGCCCUUAUCUGUGGAGUUCAGACACUCAACACACCAAAGUCCUCAGCCUGUACAACACCAUAAACCCCGAAGCUUCUGCUUCCCCUUGCUGUGUGUCCCAGGAUCUGGAACCACUGACCAUCCUCUACUACAUUGGCAAUACGCCCAAGAUCGAACAACUUUCCAACAUGAUCGUCAAGUCUUGCAAAUGCAGCUAAAGUCCUCGGGAAAGCCAGGAUGAAAAUCACGGUGACAAUGACGUAUGACGACAAUGACGAUGAUAACGUUCGUGACGUGAGGGAGUUUUGAUUCAUCCGUGUUGAAAAAAAAAUUGGAGGAAAAAAAAAUCGGUACUAGUUCAAACACUUUGCAAGCUUGUGUUCUGUUUGUUAAAACUGGCAUCUGGGAUUACAGCAACAACAACCACAAAAAUGGAAGGCGUUAGUCUGCAUCUCACCUACUUCCUGAAGACACAAAAAAAAAACAUCUUUUUUUUUUUUUUUUAAAGGAAAAAUAAACACUGGAAGAAUUUGUUAGUGUUAAUUAUGAGAAAGAAAAACAAAACAAAACAGGAAAAUCCGUUCAGUGGAGUUGUAUGUAUUGUUUCCACCCCACGCUUCACCCCACGCCUCUCUUGGUUCCUUUGUAUUGCUCUGCGGUGGGCGCCCUCCCCAUCCCUUCCUCUGAGUUAACAGUGGGUUAUUUAUUGUGUUACUAUAUAAUGAACCUUUCGUUGCCCUUGGAAAAUAAAACAGGUGUAUAAGUGGAGACCAAAUACUUUGCCACAAACUCAUGGAUGGCUUAAGGAAUUUGGACUCAAAUAAGCCAGGGGGAAGGAGGUCAUACUGGAUGACCCCCUGUGAGCCGUGAUAGAACCGAGCAAGUCUGAGAAAAAAAUCAAAGCCCAGAAAACAUGUGCUGUGCUCUGCCUGCCGAAGCUUCAUGGGCGGCCAUCUGUCCAGAAGGCCUGUUAACAAAGAAAACUUGGAAUCAGUGGGAAUCUGGAAGAUUGGUUUUUUUUUCCUUUUAAUUGUAAAUGGUUCUUUGCCAGUUUAAGCAAGUCGGUGAAAUGGUGACCUGCUUGGAUGUGUAUUGUUAGACUUUUGACCGUGAAGUGGCUGUUGAUCUACAAUACAGGUUUUUUCCCUUUGUCUUGGUAUACGUAAUUACAUGGAUAUUAUUAAAAUAGACGGGUCUAGAAGCCAGCAUGAUGAAAACACACUGCAAAUCUGUUUUACAAACUAUUAAAUCGGAACAGUAACUACUUUACAUGUAAUGUGUAGAUCUUACCACAUUUUUAAAUAUUCUGUAAUAAUGAUUAUGAUUUAGAUUGAACUUAAAUUUGAACUCUCUUUUUUAAUGAUCAUUCAGACUGUAUGUUUGCCUCCUUUAGCUGGCCAGUACCUUUGAAUAAAACCCCUAGAUUUUGACUUGCACUACAAA